AUGAGAAGAGGUAGAGUUGUAUGUUCUUUACAAAAGUGCUAGUUACGCGGUUCAUCCUUCCUUACAUUUAACUGUACUAGGUCAGUAGAGAAGGAAACCGUGCUUCGGUGACUUAACCAGUGAACAGGUGGAAUGGGGAGCCGGCUAAGGAGAUUUCAGGGGCGGGACACAAGCUUACUGUGUGAAGGAAGUGCGAUUCGUUACGCAGGGCUUGUGGGAGAGUUGGAAGUGAGUUGUGCAGUAUCAAAACUGUAGAGGACCAGAACUUCCUUUUACAUUUUCCUUUAUGGGAUCAACGGCCCUCAGGUGGGGAGCUCGGUACCUUUAGAAACACCCCCGCCGGCUCCUAUCCCUUGGGCUUCUUAGCCCCAUUUUCCAUGAGAGGUGCGUGGCGGAGGAGGGGCCUUCUUUCGAACUUCAGUGUGAUUGGCUUUCUCAUCUCCCUAAGGGGCGAAGGCUGUGUGGUCCAGCUGGGGCGGGGGAGAAGGGGCGGAGCGGUCCCUCCUAGCGCAGCUUUAGUGGUAGCUUCGGCGGUGGGUACCCUGAGCGCGGGUAGAGGGCGCAGCGCUUGGCACGCACUGUGCGCUCGGAGCCAUGCACAACCGCCGCGCUUAGUCCGAGCCUGCGGUGAGUUCGGCUCACCUCUGCUCCUGCGUCCUGGUCUGGCAGCCUCGUACUGUCAUCUUCCGCGCGCCGUGCGCACCUAUGGCGCUGGCCCCCAGGCCCCGGGCAGCCGCGCUCCGGACCCUGUCUACCCUGCUGCUGCUGCUGCUGCCGACCCCGCCGCCUCUGGGGCUUUCCCCCGGCAGCGCUGUGGGGCUGGAUUACACCCGGGACACAGCCUUCGAUUACUCGGCGCUGGAAGAAGGGGAUGCUGUCCAGGAGCCGCUAGAUUAUCACGACCCCUGCAAAGCUGCUGUCUUUUGGGGAGAUAUUGCGCUAGAUGAAGAAGACCUGAAGCUAUUUCAUGUUGAUAAAACCGUCAAUUCAUCUAAACCUUUGAUAGAGAGAACCAGACACAACACAGGUGGCCUUGGCGAACAGUUUCAUGAAAUCGGGCCGAAUGCCACAGCCUCCAGUCAUAGUACCAAGAAAGUUAAAAAGGGUGGCAGGCAGAAUUCCAUGCUUCCAGGGAGACUGAAGAAAAAGGGCCCAAAGGCUGCUCCCGGUAGACCUGUGGAGUCUUCGCCACGAGUCCGCAGGGCCACAACAUCAAGGGCUGAGAGGAUCUGGCCCGGAGGGGUGAUCCCCUAUGUCAUUGGAGGAAAUUUCACAGGGAGCCAACGGGCCAUUUUUAAGCAAGCCAUGAGACAUUGGGAGAAACACACCUGUGUGACCUUUAUAGAGAGAACAGAUGAGGAAAGUUUCAUUGUGUUCAGUUACAGAACGUGUGGGUGCUGUUCCUAUGUUGGGCGCCGAGGUGGAGGCCCUCAGGCUAUAUCAAUUGGGAAGAAUUGUGAUAAGUUUGGUAUUGUGGCUCAUGAACUUGGCCAUGUGGUUGGGUUCUGGCAUGAACACACUCGGCCUGACCGAGACCAGCAUGUAACUAUCAUCAGAGAAAAUAUCCAGCAAGGUCAGGAGUACAACUUCCUAAAAAUGGAAGCUGGGGAGGUGAAUUCGCUGGGAGAGACGUACGACUUUGACAGUAUCAUGCACUAUGCCCGGAACACAUUCUCAAGAGGAGUUUUCUUAGACACGAUUCUCCCCCGCCGAGAUGACAAUGGUGUUCGACCGACCAUUGGCCAGCGAGUUCGGCUCAGCCAGGGAGACAUAGCCCAAGCCAGGAAGCUGUACAAGUGCCCAGCCUGUGGAGAGACACUGCAGGACACCACAGGAAACUUUUCUGCCCCUGGUUUCCCAAAUGGUUAUCCUUCCUAUUCCCACUGUGUCUGGAGGAUAUCUGUCACUCCUGGGGAAAAGAUUAUUCUGAAUUUCACAUCUAUGGACCUGUUUAAAAGCCGCCUGUGCUGGUAUGAUUAUGUAGAGGUCCGAGAUGGUUACUGGAGAAAGGCCCCCCUCUUGGGUAGAUUUUGUGGUGACAAAGUGCCAGAACCCCUCAUCUCCACAGACAGUCGCCUUUGGGUUGAGUUCCGAAGCAGCAGCAACAUCCUGGGCAAAGGUUUCUUUGCUGUUUAUGAAGCUAUAUGUGGGGGAGAAAUUCACAAAGAUGCUGGCCAAAUCCAGUCUCCCAAUUAUCCAGAUGACUACAGGCCUUCUAAGGAAUGUGUUUGGAAGAUCACUGUUUCUGAGGGGUUUCAUGUGGGACUGACUUUCCAGGCAUUUGAGAUUGAACGACAUGACAGCUGUGCCUAUGACUACCUGGAAAUUCGGGACGGUGCCACCGAAGAGAGUGCAUCGAUCGGUCACUUCUGUGGCUAUGAGAAACCAGAUGAUAUCAAAUCUAGCUCCAACAAGAUGUGGAUGAAGUUUGUAUCGGAUGGCUCUAUCAAUAAAGCAGGGUUUGCUGCCAAUUUUUUUAAGGAAGUUGAUGAAUGUUCCUGGCCAGAUAAGAAUGGGUGUGAACAGCGCUGCAUGAACACACUGGGCAGCUACAAAUGUGCUUGUGAUCCUGGUUAUGAACUGACGGCUGAUAAGAAGACUUGUGAAGUGGCUUGUGGUGGCUUCAUGACCAAGCUUAAUGGGACCAUUACCAGCCCCGGAUGGCCUAAAGAAUACCCCACAAACAAAAACUGCGUGUGGCAAGUGGUGGCGCCAAGCCAGUACAGGAUCUCCCUCCAGUUUGAAGUGUUUGAGCUGGAAGGCAAUGAUGUUUGUAAAUAUGAUUAUGUGGAGAUCCGAAGUGGGUUGUCCUCUGACUCCAAGCUUCAUGGAAAGUUUUGUGGCUCCGAGAAACCAGAGGUGAUUACCUCCCAAAGCAACAACAUGAGAGUGGAGUUCAAAUCAGACAACACUGUUUCUAAACGUGGCUUCAAAGCCCACUUCUUCUCAGACAAGGAUGAAUGCUCUAAGGACAAUGGUGGGUGUCAACAUGAAUGCAUCAACACAUUUGGAAGCUAUGUUUGCCAGUGUAAAAAUGGGUUUGUGCUACAUGAGAAUGGCCAUGACUGCAAAGAAGCUGGCUGUGAGCACAAGAUAAACAGUGCCGAAGGAAUGAUGGCCAGUCCCAACUGGCCUGAUAAAUAUCCCAGCCGAAAAGAGUGUACAUGGAAUAUUUCCUCCACUCCUGGUCAUCGGGUAAAAAUUACUUUUAAUGAAUUUGAAAUUGAGCAGCACCAGGAAUGCGCCUAUGAUCACCUGGAACUGUAUGAUGGACCCAACAGCAAGUCCCCGAUCCUCGGCCGUUUCUGUGGCAGCAAGAAGCCGGAUCCUGUGGUGGCUUCUACAAACAGGAUGUUUCUCAAAUUCUAUUCUGAUGCUUCAGUGCAGAGGAAAGGUUUCCAAGCAAGGCAUAGCACAGAGUGUGGUGGCCGGCUGAAGGCAGAAGUCCAGACCAAGGACCUCUAUUCCCAUGCCCAGUUUGGUGACAACAAUUAUUCCGGGCAGUCUCAUUGUGAAUGGGUUAUUGCAGCAGAGGAUGGCUAUGGUGUGGAAUUAAUAUUCCAGACAUUUGAAGUCGAAGAGGAAGCAGACUGUGGGUAUGAUUACAUGGAAGCCUUUGAUGGCUACGACAGUACAGCACCGAGGCUGGGCAGAUUCUGUGGCUCUGGGCCUUUAGAAGAAAUCUACUCUGCAGGGGAUUCACUGAUGAUCCGCUUUCACACAGAUGACACCAUCAACAAGAAAGGCUUUCACGCCCAGUAUACAAGCACCAAAUUUCAAGAUGCUCUACACAUGAGGAAGUAGUUUCAGUGUUCCUUAAAUACAUCACCAUCUUUGAUACCAACACCCAAAUGAGUUUUAUUUUCCCCAGGAGCGGUACUCUGUUAAUCUGACCCAAAACACUGCACAGUAUUUUCCUCCAACCAAAACUCAAAAUCCAGCCUUUCUUUGAACCGAAAGGACAUGAUACUCUCUUUUGCUGACAUUUCAAAGACCAAAUACGUUCCUUUGCUGAGAUGUUUUCAAUCAUUGGCCCAAAGGAGUUGUUUGAUUAUUUUUCAGCAAUGUCAAGGUUUCAGUUGAAAGGAGUAGCUGGACAUCCGAGGACACCAAUGGAUGCACUGCCUCCCUCCCUCCUUGGAUGGGUAGUGGGAAGGUGGGUUGGCACCUGAGAUCGUCCCUUCCUUUCAGAAAGAGUCAGGUCGGAUGAGAGACAACGUGACCAUGUUCAGCCUUUUCCCCUAGUCAGCUGAAUCUAGAUCUGUGCAAUAAGUGAGAAGCUUGAUAAUUGUUGAUUUAGAUACACUGUGCAUUAAUUUAAUUCCCAACAGCACAUCACUAUUCUGCUUGUAGGGAGUCUAAAAGAGCUGCCUUUUUGCUUGUUGUUAAAGCAUAUUAGGUCAUAGGAAUACAGGAUCUUAGAGCUGGAAAGGACUCUAGAGGUCUUCUAGCUCUAUGCUUUCAUUUUACAGAUAAGGAAACUGAGGCCCAGAGAGGUAAAGUGACUUGCUCAAGGUCACAUGGCUAGUUAGGAGCUAAACUGGGUCUCCAACUCAGGUCUCCUAAUUCCUGGUCUUUCCACUAUACCAUACUGCCUCCCAGAAGCCUGUGGUGUGCCACAGGCUAGAAUGCUGCUUGGAUGCCAAAACCAGAAAGUCCUUUGCAUUUCUGAGUGUAAGUGGGGAGAUCAUGGAUCCAAGAGAACUGGGAUGGAGCUGUUAGAAAUG